CCACCCCACUCUGCCAUAAGUGAUAAGUGGCACGAGGAGCCUGUCUGCGGCGGCGGGCGGGAAACCCACUCACCAUCGCCGAACCUUCUCAGCACGAAGCUCACCGGGAAGCCGCCCAAAAUCCCCAGGAGCUCACGGCCAGCGCCUCUCCUCGGAGUACAAAUCCACCCGCCAAAUUCACUCCCCAACUCAAUCCAUGCAGCAGCAGCGCACCGGCGGUUUAGGGGGUCUUAUAAAUACGAAGCGCUCUCGCCGGUGUCAAACUCGGUCAUGGCGGCAGUCGGAGCGGCACCACUGCUCUACCAACAGCAGGCGCAGGCGGUGGGCGACGGCUGCUACUUCUCUUCCAUGUCCUCCCACUUCUCCCACGGGGGGAUCAGCUCCACCUCCUCCAGCCCGGCCUCCAGCUUCUCCGCCGCGCUCGGCGCCACCCCGCCCGCUGCACCGGCGAUCGCCGCCGACAUCACGGCGCAGUUUGACAUCUCCGAGUACCUCUUCGAGGAGGGCGCGUUCGCCGCGACGCUCCCGCCCGUCGUCUCCGUGCCGGCCGUUGGCGCGGCUGCUGCAAGUUCGGCGACCGCGGUGACUGCGAGGAGCGCCGAGUCGGCGGCGGCGGCAGAGCGGCCGCGGACGGAGCGCAUCGCGUUCCGGACGAGGACGGAGAUCGAGAUCCUCGACGACGGCUACAAGUGGCGCAAGUACGGCAAGAAGUCCGUCAAGAACAGCCCAAACCCAAGGAACUACUACCGGUGCUCCACGGAGGGGUGCAGCGUGAAGAAGCGGGUGGAGCGGGACCGGGACGACCCGGCGUACGUGGUGACCACGUACGAGGGCACGCACAGCCACGUCAGCCCCAGCACCGUCUACUACGCCAGCCAGGACGCCGCCUCCGGCCGCUUCUUCGUCGCCGGCACGCACCCGCCGCCAGGCUCACUCAACUGAGUAACCAAGCCACCAACGACGGAGCACGUCGAGAUCAGCACGGGGCUUCUAUCUUGGCCAAGCUAGCCAGCCAGGUGCAGGUGUAGCCACUAGACUAGUGUACCACUGGUGGAUCAUCAGGUUCAGUUUCUCGAGGCGUGGGGCUUUUUUUGGGAUCGAUCUGUCCAUAUAGCUCGACCUUUUCUUCUCCCCCCGUCUUGCAGUAGUGUUGUGUACAUCAGUGUGCAGUGUGGGCUCGAUCACGAGAGCUCUCCCGACGAAUGUAACACACACUCCACUACACUACUAGUGCUACCUACUCAACCGUGCAAUAAAUAUGUACAGAACCAUCCGCCUCGAAGAGAUCCAUCUCUGAAUCAAACGCCAUCACGGUUUGUA